UCAGGAUCAUCAUUAGAUCUACAUUGCACCAUCGCAUCACUCCUCCUAUUCUAUUUGUCUGCUUUGUGCGGUUUUGGGCACAACUCUGGUUUUUUGUUGUUUUUUUUUUUUUCUUGUUGUUGUUGUUGUUGUUUUGAAGCUCCAUUCAAAGCCAAGACAUAGUCGAGCGUGUUUUUGAGUGCAUCGACGCGCGCACAACGAAGCGACAAUGAGCAGUGCUGGUGGCGGUGGUGAUGGUGCGGCGACUGCUGCUGCGACUGCUGCUGCGGUUGAACUGCCGACGACAGUGGUCUAUCUGGUGCGGACGACCUCUCACGCCAGCCACAACCACAGCCAUAGCCACAGCCACAGCCAUAGCCAUAGCCAUAGUCACAGCAACACCACUAUUGCCAGUGGAACAAGUGAUGACAGCCACGGCAGCACUCGUGCACUCGCAGACGUGGUCGCAGUCUCGAGCUUUGUGGUCGGACCAGAGCCAGCGCAGGAGGACGUUGCCAACCUGACAUCCAUUCACAGCCAUCAUCAUCGUCAUCAUCAUCAUCAUCAUCAGAGCCAUGCUCAGAAUCAGCAGCAUCAGAGCCAUGGGCAUGAUGAGCCUGGUCAGUGCUCGGACGCGUGCUCUGAACUGCCGGGCAUCGACGUGUACAUUGUCGGCACCGCUCACUUUAGUACGGCCAGCUGCGACGAUGUUACAAGCGUCAUUCGUCAAGUGCAACCGGACACGGUUGUGCUCGAGCUGUGCAGGGACCGAGUGCAAGUGCUCGCGCCUCCUGCAAACACGGCCAAUAUGCCAGUUGUGGAAUUUAAUCUUAAAAAUGCAGUCGCUGCAACUCGAACGGGUGGAGUCAUGGCCGUUCUCAAGUUGAUCUUUGCUUCAUUCUCCUCCAAACUGUCGCACGAUCUGCAACUGGUCGCGGGCGGAGAGUUCCGCGCUGCGCUCGCGGAAGCACGGCAAAUACCCGGCUGUCGCAUCGUGUUGGGAGACCGGCCAAUUAGCAUCACCAUUGCACGAGCAUUCGCUGCUCUCUCGGCCUGGGACAUGACUCGAUUGCUCUACCAGGCGCUGUUCAGCGGACCAACUUUCACGAAAGAAGAAGUCGAAAAGUACAAGUCGAAAGCCAUGCUCGCUCAGGUCAUGGAGGAGCUCGCGGCCGAAGUCCCUUCACUUGCCACUGUGUUGAUUGACGAGCGUGAUCAGUACUUGACCAGCUGUCUGCGCUCGGUCGGGGCUCGCCGUGUGGUGGCUGUCGUUGGAAUUGGCCAUGUUGCCGGCAUCGAAAAGCACUGGAACAAUGGCCAGAUUGAUGUUGCAGAGCUGCUCAGUAUUCCACCUCCAUCGAAUUCCGGGCGUCGGUGGGGGUUCAGGCUGGCAGCAGCAUCGCUUGUCUUGUGCACUGCAAUGAUUGUGCGAAGAGCAUUGCGAUAAUGUGAUUUUUGUUGUGAUUCUCUGUGUUGCAAAGAUUGUCGUCGCCCUGCGCAUGCUGGUCUCUAUCGACCCUUCUUUAGUAAAUUGUUAGGUUUCAAUGAGAUAUCAAUUCAGCC